CACAUAUCGCGGGCAAUGGCAGAAGACCAUGUCAUUAGUUUGAUUUGUCAUGUUACCGAAUUUGUUGAAAACUUAUUAGAAUUCUGAAAACACGUAUCCUUUUUGUAAAUCUUCGAAUUAAAAUAUUUGUUAAACCAAAGUAUCACUUGGUGUUAUGAAUGUGUUAUUAUAAAUAUCGGAAGAGUUGCAUUAACGAAAUUUUCUAUAAAAAAAUUUGCAUUUAAGGUCGAAAUGUCUGAUUUCGGCGACUGGUACCGAAAUGUACCUAUUUUUACAAGAUACUGGUUAUCGUCAACUGUUGGACUGACGUUAUUAGGCCGUUUUGGUAUUUUGAAGCCUCACAAUUUAGUUUUGUUCUUAGAACCCCUCAAACGCUUCCAAAUAUGGAGGCUAGUAACUUCAGCCCUGUAUUACCCUCUCAAUCCAAGCACUGGCUUUCACUACCUGAUUAAUUUAUAUUUCCUUUAUAAUUACUCAAGAAGGUUGGAGGAGGGUGUUUAUGCUGGUAAACCUGCGGACUACUUUUUUCUACUAAUAUUUAACUGGAUAUGCUGCGUUAUUGUGGGAUUACUCCUUGAAAUGCCUUUACUUUUGGACCCCAUGAUUCUCUCAGUGCUAUACAUUUGGUGCCAGCUUAAUAAAGACACAAUUGUGAAUUUCUGGUUUGGAACGCGAUUCAAAGCAAUGUACCUUCCUUGGGUAUUGUUAGCGUUUAACAUGGUUAUAUCCGGGGGUGGUGUUCAAGAACUGAUUGGAAUUUUAAUUGGCCAUUUAUACUUUUUCCUCAUGUUCAAAUACCCACAAGAAUUGGGGGGGCCUGCUCUACUACAAACACCCUCAAUUUUCAAGCAAUGGUUUCCUGAUCAAGUGGGUGGCGUACAUGGGUUUGGAGUGCCCCCACAAAGACAGAGACCAAACCAAGAGCCGCGCGGCAGAUUUUUCGGAGGACACAAUUGGGGACGAGGAUAUGUCCUCAAUGGGAACUAAAUUUAUAUUUGUUUAAUUUUUAUUAAAUAUAUUUAAUUAAAGAUUUAAUUACUACUACAAUUUACGCUUUUUUCAUGUUUUAAUAAAUUCUGGAAUUUGUG